UAUGAAAACAACUUCCGCUUUUAGGCGAGAGAUGUCCAACCUAACUGUAAUCGUUAAAACGUCUAAGGAUACAAAAGAACUAACAUUUCCAAAGAAAAAAACCGUAAAAGAGCUACGAAAAAAAGUUGCUCAAUUGUUUUUGGCUGAUAUUGAAAAAGUUCGUUUGGUAUUUUCCGGAAAAAUUCUUGAGGACGAUGACACUAUAAGUAAAAGUAAAAUAAAAAAUAAAGAUAUCUUGCACCUAGUUAUUAAAGAUAAUGAGGGUUCGUCUAAUGCUCAAACUUCAUCAAUCGAGGACGAAAUAGUUCCUAGACCUCACGGUGGUUUUAAUUUUAAGAAAGUCAAACCCAUAUUCAGUGAUGAUUCUAAAUUUCUAUUAUGCGCUUCGGGUUCUUUAGUUAAGAUAAUUAAUUGCCUCCAAGGAGAAGUUGUUCAAAUUCUAAAUGGCCAUACAGAACCAAUAACUGGAAUUGAUUUAGAUUGUUACGAGCCAUCUAAAUACUGUUAUACAGUUUCAGCAGAUGAUACAUUAAUAAAAUGGGAUUAUUUGGAAGGUCUUGCUAUCAAAGGGUACAAUGUAAAAAACUGCAAGACGUUAAAGUGUAUAAGAGGAUCGCUAUAUUCCAUUCAAGGAAAUCAGAAAAAGAACAUAGUAAAAUUAAAUUUUAAUGGUGAUAAAAUUAACAUAGAAAAGGUACAUAAUAUUGAAGGAAGAUAUAAUUUGGAAGAGCGUUAUGAUUUUGGCAAUAGAUUUAGUUUUCUCGGAUUUGUUAAUGCCUGGAGUUGCACUGUUAUGACACUAAAUGACAAAAAUAACCAACCUAAAAGAUGGAGUUAUGUAAAUUGCCCAUUAAGAUGCAUAGCUUGUCAUCCUGAAGCCGAAAUUGUCGCAACAGGAGAUGUUAAAGGUGCCAUAUAUAUUUGGCGUAACAUUUUUUCUGAUGCACCUAUUACACUAAAGUUACAUUGGCAUUCGUUACCCGUUUGUGAUAUAGCAUGGAAUUCUCAUGGUACAGAAUUGUUGAGUGUUGGUUAUGAAUGUGUUUUAGUAAGAUGGACAAUUGCAACGGAAGAAAAGCGAUUUCUUCCUCGACUCGGUGCGCCUCUGACAUUUGUUAGAAUUUCAAGGAAUAACCAACAAUACGCCCUAUCUCAUGAUAAUAACGUUUUGACUCUGGUUUCAAACAAUUUACUAGUUCAGAAUGUCAUUUCUGGUAUGGCCGAUAAUGAUAAUAAAGUAAAAUUAUUAUAUGAUCCUAGAUCACGUUCCAUUAUAACAAAUGGCUUGCCAGGACACCUACAAUUUUAUAAAGUUCAAGAUGAUAAGCAAUUAUAUUACAUAGAUGCCGUGGGUCAAAAUUAUAUAUCACCUGAAAGUUUGGAUAAGCCUUUGAAAUACAUAGAGAUAGAGGCUGCAGCGAUUAAUUCAACUGGAACUUGGCUAUGUACAUACGAAAGAAGGAAUGAUGUUUCAUUAAGUAUUCCAUCUAAGUUGAAAUUUUGGAGAUGGUCUGCUGUUGAUCGUACUUUUGUUCUUUGCGUGGAGUUUAUUUCAGCGUUCCGCGGAAAAGUUAAUACUUUACGUUUUUGCAAAUCUAUAAUGAAUGAGGUAUUAGUAGCUACUAGUGAAGAUCAGUGUUUUAAGAUUUGGAAGAAUAGUGGAGAAUCGAAGUGGAUAUUUCACAGAAAAGGAUCGCAUCUAUCUCUUCCAUCAACUGUAGCUGAUUUUAGUAAAGAUGGAUCUUUGUUAGCUGUUUCUUUUGGGAAUUAUCUUACUUUAUGGCGAUUUGACGAAGAACUUGAAAGACGUGCAAUUUUGGAACAUGAAAGUUCAGUUUUAUUUUGUGAAUUUUGUAAAUUUAAAUACGUUCAUAUUUUACUAUCUGCAAGCGAUAGUCAAAUAAUUUCCUGGGAUUUAUUAACCUGCUCGGCUCUAUGGAAAGUUAACACAAAUGUUAGCCUUUUAGCUUCUGAUCCUUUAUCAGAAUAUUUCGCUGUGUUAUCAACAAACAACCAACUAUAUAUUAUUCAACCAUCCGAAAUUGAGCCAACAUUUUCUCUACCUAAUAUAUGCAAAUCAGAAGUCUCAUCAAUGGUUUUUGUGCCAAGAGAAGAACCAAACGAUGAAUUACCUGAAUGGACCUGUAAAUCUCAAUUAUAUUUUUGGUCUAAGGAAGAAGGUUUAUACUUAGUGGAUAGACAAAAUACUGAAUUACUUAAGGCACGAAAUCGAAUUAAUUUGAGUUCGAAUGUAAGAAAGAAUAAAUUAGCGGAAUUAAUAACUCACUCUUUCACUCGAAAAAACCCGUCAAAUCAAGAUAAAAGAAUUGACAGAUUUAGUGAGCAAACGGCAUCAAACGUACUUUUACGAGCUGUCAGUUCUGUAUCGAAUAAUAUUUUACUUAUAACUGAUAUCUCGCCCUCCUGGCAAGCUGCCGCCUUGAAGCAAUUACAAUCGAAUUCAUCAGAAAAUGAAGAUAUAUCGCUUGAUUUAAAAAAUCUUGAAAUUGAUGAAGAAAAGUUUCAGAAAGCCUUAAUGGCCUCAAACAAAAUAAGAUCAGUUGUUGAAGAUUCUAAUGUCACUAGUGAAAUAGAUAUGAAUGAAAUUCCUGAAGAAAAUAUCGAAAAGAAGAAUAUUACACCAGCAACGAAAAUACCAAACAGUGUUGAAGACGUAUUGAAGUUUGUUAUGUAA